AUGAGCUAUAUGCAUCUGAGAAAAGAACAUUUCUUUGUUAACUACUACAGAGCAUUAAUUAAUCAGCACUUGAGCAAGCAUCUGUUAACGUACUGCAAAUCAUUAAGUAGUUACUUCAGCAAUCAACUUCUUUUGCUUUGCAGAGUCGUAAUCGAUAAUAUUGUCUGCUCCACUGAGAUCUUCGUCGCCGCCUACCACACAUCCACCGGAAAGGCCCUGGCUUUCACAUCGUCUUCCGCUUCUUCUCACUUGGACUCACCGACCCAGCACGCCAACUCGCCCAACAGCUCGCCAGCGUUGCAGAGAUCGCUCACUUCUGUAGCUGCCAGCAGGAUGAAGAAGGCAUUGCGUCUCAAAUCGGCGGGUUCGGGCUCCAAGAAGAGUCUUGGGUCCGGUGGGUCCGGGUCGGGACCCGGAAAGCCCAAGCGGGUUAUGACGGUGGGUGAGCUAAUGAGGAUCCAAAUGGGGAUUUCUGACGCUAUGGACUCUAGAGUCAGGAGAGCUCUGCUUAGGAUUUCUGCUGCUCAGUUCAAUCUGAUAAAACUGACAAUGCAAAAUGUUUCACGAAUGUUUAAUUUCAUAAUGGUGUUUGAGUUGCAUCAUAAUUUGGAUAACCCUGCAGCAGCUGCAAAUAUGAUGGGGCUGCCGGAUGGGGAAACAUUGGACAAUGAGUUGGAGGUUGUUGAGGGAAUGAAGCUAGACAGGGGUUACAUAUCCCCUUAUUUCAUCACCAACCAGAACAAUCAGAAAUGUGAAUUGGAAAAUCCUCUAAUCAUAAUCCAUGAGAAGAAAAUCUCAAGUAUUAAUGUUGUGGUUAAAGUAUUGGAGUUGGUUUUGCAGAAGCAAAGUUAUGAUUUCAGAUCUGUAGAUAACCUGUUGUUGCUGAUAUUGCUACACGGGAGGAGAAUAGAACAGCUUGGAAAAUGUGCAAGAAGGGAGAGCUAA